AUGGUUACCCCUCAGCCUCCUCCAGGCUACGAUAGUAUCCGGUCGUGGCUUGCAGUAUUCGGAGCGUCUUUGUCAUUCUUCACCACUGUUGGGUUUCUCAAUGCCUUCGGAGUUUUCCAAGAAUACUAUCAAACCCACCUCGGAAAGCCAGAGUCAGAUAUAUCAUGGAUCGGCUCCGUCUCGAUCUGCAUUCUCUAUAUCGGCGCGCCAGUGUCUGGAAUCUUGUGCGACAGACUUGGUCCUACGAUUCCACUCUGUAUUGGUAGUGUCGGCCAGCUUCUCGCCCUUUUUAUGACGUCUCUUUGUACAGAAUAUUACCAGACAUUCCUAGCUCAAGGAGUGCUCCUCGGAGUGAGCAUGUCUCUUGUGUUCUGCCCUCCAGUUGCUGUUGUUUCCCGCCGCCUGCCGCACCGCCGCGGGCUCGUCCUCGGCUUGACCAUCGGCGGCUCAUCCCUCGGAGGCGUCAUCUGGCCCAUCAUGCUUGAACAGCUCCUUAACCACCGUCAAGUCAGCUUCGGUUGGACAAUGCGAGCGGUCGCCUUUGCUAUGAUCCCGCUACUUGCAAUUGCCUGCUUCACGGUGGUGGAUGCACCUCCUAUAAAAUCUCCAACUUCCCCGUCCGAGUCAGCUGGCGAUGGCAACGAGAAGGGUGACCAAUCGUCGAGCGAUGAGGCGCAGACGGAGAAGAAAGCCGACUUUUCUAUUUUGAAGAACAAGACUUUCAUGCUCCUCUGUGGUGGUCUCGCCAUUGGCUACUUUGGCCUCUUCAGUCCUCUCUUUUAUGUUUCGGCGUAUGGUAUCGCUCAUGGACUGUCAUCGUCAACUGCAUUCUACCUCUUGUCUGGGCUCAACGCUGCAUCGUUUCUCGGCCGAGUUAUUCCCGGAUUCCUUGCGGAUAAGUACGGUCACUUCAACUUGUGUGCGGCAGCGACACUUUCUGCUGGCAUUGUUGGCUUCUGCUGGACUGCGGCUUCAUCUCUUGCCGGUAUGGCCGUUUGGAGUUUGGCGUAUGGAUUUUGUUCAGGAGCUGUCAUGAGUUUGCAAGGCGCAUGCGUAGGAAAGAUUGCUCACCACCGAAGUCAAGGCUUGGCUGUAGGCUUCAUGAUGGGUUCGAUCUCUGUAACAGCGCUUGUUGGCCCGCCCAUUAGUGGCCAAAUCCUUGGUCAUUCUGGAUACUUGGCAUUGUCCAUGUGGACGGGUGCAACCCUCGUUCUUGGCGCGGUAAUUCUUGGCUUGGCCAGAUUGAGGCUGAACCGCAUCAUCCUAGCGGCUAUUUAG